CAUGCUGGGCAGAUGGCAUUCCUUCAGACCUACCAGGUGCCAAACCAGUCGCGAAUCGGCCACCUGAAGUCGUUUUGCAUAUGCUAUCCAACAGACAAAUUGGGUCGGUCUGGAGCAAAGAAGCCGAUAUUUGGGCGAUUGGAUGCAUGAUAUACCAAUUGAGGGGAGGGCGUAUGGUGUCAUCAUGGGGCAAUCUCCAGUCACAACUUUACGAUGCCUUGUGUUUAGGUGGUGAACCACCUAAAGACUGGUCUGACUUCUUGAGGACGCAAAAGCCCGGCCUCGAUACUGAGAUCUGGAAACAGCCCGUAUUCGAUACGGCCAAGGCCUGGAGUGAUAAACUG